GGUUCUCUUUUGCCACCUUUGCUGCUUUAUGCUGGCAGCUUGGCAUGUUCCAGAACUGAGAAAGGUGAUGCCGUGGCUGUGAUCGCAGCAAGGAUUUCGAUUAGCAGCUAUCUUUUUCUGUCAUCAAUGGAGAUCGUAGCUUUUCCAUCUACUUCUGAGAUGUUUAACCACCAAGAUGCGUCUAACUUUGACGAGCUCUCGAUGGAGCAAAGCCUGCUCUUCUCUGACACCCUCAAGGACUUGAAGAAAUUGAAGUUGCAAUUGUACUCAGCCGCAGAGUAUUUUGAGUUGUCAUACGCUACUGAUGACAACAAGCUGCUUGUGUUCAACACCUUGAAAGAGUAUGCUAUUAAGGCUCUGGUUAAUACUGUGGAUCAUCUUGGAUCAGUAUCAUUCAAGGUAAACAGCCUUCUUGAAGAGAAGGUUGAUGAGCUGUCUGGGGUGGAGUUCCGAGUUUCCAGUAUUGAACAGAGAAUUCGAACAUGCCAAGAACUUGUUGACCGCGAAGGUCUUCUCCAACAGUCUCUGGUGAUUAAAGCUCCCAGUUAUUCCAAGCAGUACACUUUCCCAGUAGGUAAAUCCAUGCCUGAUUCAGGAAGGCAUGCAGCACCAAAAUAUGAGAACCUGAAUGCAGACAAUGAUAAUAAUACUGAACCAAACAAAUCUCACGCUGUCCAUUUGACAAAAAUGGUCAAGCCACCUUCUUUCAGGAAAAUGCUCGCCAUGUCACCUCUAUCUCCUAGGAAAAUGCAUCAUUCAUUGCCGUCACAACAACCUAAAAGGGCUUUCAGUGCAGGUGCUGGAUCACCAAUACUAUUAGCUUGUGCUUAUUCA